CCCGGCUGGGCGGGAGGCGGAGCUGCCACAUCCGGGUUUCUGGAGGCCUGCGGCUGUUUUGUUUUCGUGGGAGAAGCCUGAGCAAAGUGAAGGGGCCGCGUGCGGCGCGACCCCGGGCUCCCGACCCACAGCCCGGGCAGGGCUGGACUAGGGAACCAGCUUGGAAGUGGAAGUGGAGCACCUGGAAGUUGAACCUGCACCCACACAGGCUGCCAGAGCUGCAGGCGAGGGCUUAACUCCUGUGCCACAGGCAGGCCCCGAAGUUGUUACUACAGGAAGGAAGGAGCAUAAGUCAGGACUGCAGCACGUGGUGGAGCAGCUCCAGCCGUGGGUGUGCCGUGGCCUGAAAGGAUGUCGGGAUUCCUAGAAGGCAUGAGGUGCUCCGAGUGCGUGGACUGGGGGGAGAAGCGCAACACCAUCGCGUCCGUGGCCGCCGGGGUUCUUUUUUUUACAGGCUGGUGGAUUAUCAUAGAUGCAGCUGUUAUUUACCCCACUAUGGAGGACUUCAACCACUCGUAUCAUGCCUGUGGCGUGAUAGCAACCAUCGCCUUCCUAAUGAUUAAUGCAGUAUCGAAUGGACAAGUCCGAGGUGAUAGUUACAGUGAAGGUUGUCUGGGUCAAACAGGUGCUCGGAUCUGGCUCUUCAUUGGUUUCAUGUUGGCCUUUGGCUCUCUGAUCGCAUCCAUGUGGAUCCUCUUUGGAGGUUACGUCGCUAAAGAGAAGCCCGUAGUAUACCCUGGGAUUGCUGUAUUUUUCCAAAAUGCCUUCAUCUUUUUUGGAGGGCUGGUUUUUAAGUUCGGCCGCACUGAAGACCUGUGGCAGUGAAAGCCUGACUUCCUGCAGCGUGGAGCCCCGCGUGCGUGGAUUUUUACUGCUCACUGCCAGUCGUUUUGUAACGCCGUUUGUAAACCUCUGUCUGAGGCUAGCCUUGGCUUUCCGCGCGUUAACACUGAAAUCAUGAGAACGCCUCCCUGUUUCAACAACAGAAGAUUAUGGUAUGCACUUGAUUAACUUAUAACACGUUAAACUGUCCCACACGCGUCAUUUUUGUCAAGUUUUAUCAUGGUAUAGUUGUAAAAAUAAAAGUCAGUUACAGGAGAAGUCGUA